CAGUCACUGAGGUCAGAUCAUUCUUAGGAAUGUGCGGCUACUAUAGGAACUUCGUAAAGAACUAUUCUACAGUCGCCUCUCCUUUGACUGAUCUAACUCGACUUGACACACCGUGGAACUGGAGUGAUGAGUGCGAGGGUGCUUUCAAGAGAUUGAAGCAUGCACUCAUGAAUCAUGAGGUUCUCAUGGUUCCCGAUCCUCAGAAGCCAUUCAUAGUGACCACUGACGCAAGCCAAUACGACAUUGGCGAAGUGUUGGCUCAACAGGAUGGGAAAAAGUUGAGAUCGAUUGAGUACAUGAGCAAGAAGAUGCCAUCAAAGAAGUUGGCAAAGUCCACCUAUGAAAGGGAACUCUAUGCUCUAUACAAAGCACUUGUCCAUUGGAGACACUUCCUAUUGGGAAGAUUCUUCUACUUGAGGACUGAUCAUCAGACCCUCAAAUGGAUCAAGACUCAACCGGUUCUUUCCGAUGCACUCAAGCGAUGGAUUGAGGUCAUAGACCAGUAUGACUUCAAGCUUGAGUAUUUGAAGGGAGAGUACAACACGUUUGCAGAUGCGCCAUCCCGUAGAGAAGAUCACCUAGGUGCGCUAGUUUCUGACUUUGGCAUAUCUGACGAAGUAACUCAAUCGUUGGUGGGAGCCUAUCAGGAAGACCUUGUCACGAUGGACAUCAUUCACAAACUUCAGGCAAAAGACAAGGCCACAGAAAGACAGAGUGUUUCCAUGGAUUUCAUGGACACCCUAGUAGCUAGCAAGAGUGGUAAGAGGCACAUCUUCGUCAUCAAAGACCGAUUCACCAAGAGAUCGAUGCUGCCCCCAACCAUGGAUGGACAAGUCGACAUCGAUGACAUUGUGGAUCACAGGGACAUGCCUGUUGCAAAGCCGUUGGGUCGAGGAAGGCCUCCUAAACCCAAGAGAGAAUAUCGUGUCAGGUUCAGGCAUCACACGGAUCCCAAAGAAGAUCGGUGGUUUACCAGGGAGGAACUGAUUGAGACAGCUCCUCAGGUUGUGGCAGAAUAUGAAAGGAAGCUGAAAGGGAAGGCACCUACGAAGGGAGGUGGAGUGGCCACGGUGGAGGUAGUGGUGGAUGAACAUGGCGAUGAUGUUGAUGUGGAGGUCGAAGCGGAGGCUUGUCCGGAGGAGGGGGUGGUUUGGGGUGUGGAGGAGGGGGGUGUGGUCGUGGUGACGACCGUGAUGGUGAGGGUGUUUCCCUCGAGCGCGGUGACAGCGUCGGAGAUGGCGGCCAUGGUGGUGCUGAUGGAGUCAAGGGAGGAUUGGAGGGCGGUCAACGUUCGGAGGAAAGUUGCGAGUUCCGGGGUGGCGAUGGUCGAAGUUGGCGGAUUGCCUGCGAGUUCGCGGGCAAUGCUGUCGAUGGAGCCGGAGCGAAGAUCAGACAUGUUGAUGGAUGAUUGGUCCAUGUUGGGGGAAGAGGGGGUGGAGGACGCGGCCGGAACAGAUGUGGAGGAUGCAGCGGCAGCAGUGGCAGUGGCAGCAGCAGCGGCGUCGGCGGCGGCGUGUUGGGAGUUCUUGGUUUGGCAGACGGCAACGACGAGGAUGACGUGGCGCAACGACGAGGACAAUGAGCACGACGACGGCGAUUUCGACUAUGACAUGGCACGACGACGAAUGCCACGUCAGCCACAGUGCCACGUCAGCCACAGUGCCACGUCAACCGUAGUGCCAUGUCAGCAACAGUGCCACGUCAGCAACAGUGCCACGUCAGAGUGCAACGUCAGCAGUGCCACGUCAGCCACAGUGCCACGUCAGCAGUGCCACGUCACAGUGCCACGUCAGCAGUGCCCCGCCACCAUGACGGGCACAUCUCUGGGCAUGCCAGGCCAACGGGCCGACGAGUUUAUUGCCGACUACAAACAACGGUUCCAGUCUCAGCUCGCAUUGAUCGAGGCUGAGGAACAGCGCCAGCUGGCAGCCGAGGCUGCCCGCGUACAGGCUGAAGCAGCGGGAACAGCUGAGAAGCAGCGGCUACAGGCCGAAGCAGACGCAGAUACCCAGGCACACCGCAAGGAAGCCCAGGAUCUGCUGCAACGGCAUGAAGCCGCCGACAUCGAAAGACUCGAGUUCUGGCAUUUUCAACCGUCCAACGGCGACGACGCGACACCAGAGGAGCAGCACAGGGAGUUCCUCUCUAAACUCGUGACACGGUUGUUAUACGCUUGCAACUACCAACUGUCCGAGUUAGAGAGACAAAACCAGGAACUGCAGCAACAGUACCAGGAUCUGAAGAAACAGCACCAGGAGUUGGCGAACCGCCGCCGGACAGUGCAGAGCAACGAGGAUGCUACACGGGCACUCAAUUCCCGUGUACUGGACCAGGAGCAAGCUGCACCAGGACCAGAUGCUGGCGAGUCCAGCAGUGCACCCUCUACCCGCCAACUGGAGGAACGCGUCGACCACGUCGUCGCAAUGCGCGGCGACAUCAGCACCUUCGCUGAGCGGACCACCAUCAGCAAUCAGAUGGAUACCUUGAAGACCGAGGUCCAGCAACUGCAGCUGCCUAACAAGAAUGGCAACAGCACGCAACAUUACAAGAUGCCAACUUUUCAAAUUGAGAAGUUCGAUGACUACACGCAUCAGGACCCGGUCCUCUGGUGGGAAGUACCAACUCCGUUGAUGGACGUCGGAGUAGAGGUUGUCGACCUUCACGCCUACAUUGCGAAGAUCGACCGCGAGUUCAAGACGCAACGGUACGACGACAUCGACGCACCAUUGCUAUAUGUACGCAUUCAGAUCGGAGAGGCGACCUGCAACGCUUUGAUCGAUUGCGGAGCAUCUCGCAACUACAUGAGCCAGGACUUUAUGCUUCUCGACGCCUACGGGGACGAGUUCGAAGGCCCGCACGGAGUAGUACCGGAUCGGCCCAUCCGCCACGAGAUCAUCCUUGAGGACGGGGCCGUACCUCCGCGCGGUUGCAUCUACCGAAUGAGCGAGGAAGAGUUCAGUGUGCUACGGGCACAACUCGACGACCUUCUAGAGAAAGGUUGGAUAAGGCCUAGCUCAUCGCCAUACGGUGCUCCUGUUCUUUUCGUCCGGAAGAAGAACAAGGAUUUGCGACUGUGCAUCGAUUAUCGCAAGCUCAACGCGCAGAUGAUCAGAAACGCUGACCCUCUCCCACGCAUCGACGACCUUCUCGAACGACUGGGCAGCGCCAAGUUCUUCUCCAAGUUGGACCUCAAGUCGGGAUAUCACCAACUCGAGAUUCGAAAGGCGGAUCGUUACAAGACCGGGUUUAAAACGCGAUAUUGGCAUUUCAAAUGGUUGGUUAUGCCAUUUGGCCUUACGAAUGCCCCGACCACUUUCCAAGCGGCUAUGACAACGGAGUUCCGACACAUGCUGUAUCGAUUCGUGCUUAUCUACCUCGACGACAUCCUGGUGUACAGUCGGAGUUUGGACGAGUAUGUGGAACACCUGCGCACMGUUUUGGAGCGGCUACGACAAGCCAAGUACAAAGCCAACCGCGACAAAUGCGAAUUCGCACGGCAGGAGCUGGAGUACUUGGGACAUUAUGUGACGCCGCAAGGCAUCCGUCCGCUUGCGGACAAGAUCGAGGCCCUCCGCGUAUGGCCCGAGCCCACCAACACCACGGAGGUUCGUUCAUUCAUGGGGUUGGCGGGCUACUAUCAGCGAUUCAUCGCCGGAUACUCAAGGAUUGUUGCACCUAUGACGAGAUUACAAUCGCCAAAGGUGCCAUUCGUAUUCGAUGACGACGCACGCCGGUCAUUCCAAGCACUCAAGACGAUCAUGCUCAUGGCACCCGUCCUUAGCAUCUAUGACCCCACCCUGUCGACGAGAGUGACCACGGAGGCUUCCGGCUAUGGCAUUGGGGCAGUCUUGGAACAGCACGACGGCGACGAUUGGCACCCUGUGGAGUAUUUCAGCCACAAAGUGCCUCCCAUCAACUCGCUUGAUGAUGCAAGGAAGGAGCUGCUCGCGUUCGUGACGGCUCUCAAGCGAUGGCGGCACUUCCUCCUUGGGCGUCGUAGGUUCAUAUGUGUUACGGACAACAACCCACUGAUUUACUACAAGACGCAGGAUAUGGUGAGCAGCACGAUCGGGGGAUGGAUGUACUUCAUCGACCAAUUUGACUUCACACCGAAACAUGUUCCCGGCCUCUCCAAUCGCACAGCAGAUGCACGCUCGCUAAGACCUGAUCUUUGCGCUAUGACACAUCAUGCCUUCCCAUUCGACGAGGAGCUCCAACGACACUUCAUCAGGGGCUAUGAGUCCGAUCCAGACUUCGCCACGCUAUAUGCGCAGCUAUCUUCGGAUCACCCGCCGGCCAGCCACUAUCGCAUCGCCGAUGGGUACUUGCUCCUGCACUCGCGGGGCAAGGACUUACUAUUUGUCCCACGCGACCGCCGUCUUCGGACUUGCCACCUCGGCGAGUAUCAUGAUUCGCGACUCGCCGGCCAUUUCGGAGUCAACCGCACUAUUGCACGACUUCGACAGCGAUUCCGAUGGACCGACCUCAUCACCGAUGUCACGAGCGACAACGACGCUCGUUUCAUGUCGGCAUUUUGGACUGCGGUCAUGCAGGAGUCCGACACGAAGAUGAAGGCAAGUUCGGCUCGGCACCCACAGACAGACGGGCAAACGGAGCGGGCACAUCAGACCGCUCAAAUGAUGCUUCGUACACUCAUCUGUCCGGACCAGAAAGAUUGCGUUGACCGCCUCCCUGACAUCAAGUUCGCCAACAACACUUCGGUCAACCCGGCGAUCGGCGUGACUCCAUUCGAGUUGCACCACGGUGGACGGAAAGGCCGUAUCUUCGCUGACCUUCCCCUCCCACGACCAGCCGACAUCGAUGCCGCUCGCUCUCCCGCUCCCGUCUUGAAGUACAGGGAAUUGCUGGCUCAAGCCCUCGCGAAUAUGCAAAAGGCUCAAGUCCGGAUGCAGCAGCAAGCCAGCAGGCAUCGUGUGCCAUGUCCCAUCCACGCCGGCGACCUCGUUUGGGUUUCCGCGGAAGAGUUUGCACUGGAACAGGAUGUCUCACGCAAACUGCUUUUUAAGUGGUUUGGACCAUGGCCCGUAACAUCAGCCGCGGGCGAUGAACCCGAUGGCCCUUCAUUUGUGAUCAACAUUCCCCGGCAUCUGACGGUCCAUCCAGUCUUUCACGCCUCAAAGCUGGCAACAUACACGCCAGCUAAGAGCGACGACUUUCAAGGCCGACGAUCGCAGGACCCUCCUUCUAUGGAUGGUCAUCAGGAAGUUGAACGCGUCAUCACCGAUCGCAAGUACGGCAGCAAGCCGAGUGUAUAAAGUUACAUUCAAAGCAUGAGAUCGCGACGACACUCGGUGGAUUUCAGGAGCAGAUUUGAAAGUAUCCGCACGGCUGAUCUACGCGCAUUAUGAGAAGCAAAGGCUGUUGGCUGACUAGUCGAACUGGAGGUGCCAGGCACAGAGAGUUUCAGGGCAUGCCAUGUGCAGAAGUUUCAUUGAGCGGCGGCCGUUCCCAAACGUGUGUCCCCGUCGGAUUGUGCGCACAUCUCCUCCUCUGGCCCAAGGUCUUCGAUUAUUUGAGCUGCCAAGGCGAGGUUGCCGGAUAGGCGACAGAGGUAGAAGGCGGCAUCUGCUGAAGAUAUGUGUCGUAGGCUUGGUAUACUCAAUGAACUGUGCCCCCCCCUUUCCUGUUCCAUCUUUUCCUCUCACUCCUUUGGCUGACUUUUUUUCUUUUUUGCUCCGUGUUGCGUAGUUUAAAGCUCCUGUGACUCUUCCUUUCUCCCCUCUACUUUUCUUUACCCUCGUUGCGCACUGCAUCGUCAUUUGUCUUAGAUGUUGCCGGUGAUUCCCAUUGAAGGCCUGGGUAGUUGGAGACCGAUUAAAUUGUAAUUCAAUAAUAACCUGGUUGGUGCAUCAUGACAUGGCGUGCUGCUCUGGGCGUGAUGUGUCUUUUGUCAGCACUCUUUUGGAAAACAAUUCCCAGUGGGCAUUGAUAUCUUUCUUGGGUGCGAUGGCGGUUUGAGUUCUAAUUUGCAUGCUGUCCUGUUAGUCAUCUCAAUAAAAGGAGUCGUGCAUGACUCGUGCUCUGGCUUCAUGGACUACGGUUUGAAUUAUUUUCGUUUCCCUUUCCAAAAUUUGUUUUGGGUGGAACAGUAGCAGUCAUGGACUACGGUUUGAAUUAUUUUCGUUUCCCUUUCCAAAAUUUGUUUUGGGUGGAACAGUAGCAGAGUAGCGAGUGGGCUCGCUCAGCAGCAAGACAAUUCUCAUCUCAUUGAUUUUCGGCGGAGCUCUGUCAUCGGGUGGAUUCAUACUUGCAGAUGGAAGCAGGGUGUCAGUCAAUUGAAGAGUGGUGCGUAAGGAAACGGGAAUGUGUCAAGCCGAUAAGAGGUGGAGGCCUUGGUGCUUGGAAAUGGAAAAGUUGCAAGCUGACACACACUCAUGCGGAGAGUUGUUUGGGAGGAUCGGAUAGUCGAGUCCUCUGCGAACUGUACAAGAUAGUCACCAUGACUGAUAGCACAAUUGUGAAUCCCGUGAACGAUUGGAGGGUCCCGAAGUAUGUCAUCUUCUUUGUGACCGUCGCUUGGGUUUCGUUGGGUCGGAGCUCGUUGAUCUGUGGUGGACAUGUACUUGGUUCAAUACCAGCUUGAUGUUGCGGUUUUUCAGACUGCUUGCCAAAUGCGGUGCGUGCUUUUUCUUGUUUAAUUCACGACCAUGGACUCCUCAAUGACCUUUUUUUUUUGUUUUUUUUUAAAUAAUCACCGUUUUGUAUUUUUCUCUCUUUUCUUUUGCUCUCCAUUCCCCUUUCUGCCUACUGUUUUUCUCUGUAGGGCUUCUCAAGAAUAUAUUACCUGGACAGAAUCGGUGUAAAUCUUCCAACU